AUGAAAAUAUUUAAAGACCGAAUAACUGAAAAUAUCAAAAUGUGUGAACUUUCUGGUUAUCACAUCAUGAUAGUUUCGAAGUAUUUCAAAACUAUCAAAGACUUUAUUAACUUGGAGUUGUUGUGCAAGAAAUUUGGUGGAAAUAUGGAGAAGUUUCAUUUCAACCCGAUUCCGUUGAAUUGCAAUACACUUGGAUACUUCCCAAACAUCGAAACACUUCACUUGUGGGAUGUAGAAGAUGAGAAUUUUGGCAAUGGAUUUAUGAUCAACAGAAAAGAAAAUAAAGAUAUUGAAAAUGAAGUUGUUUUAAAAAGAGAAUUUUAUCAAAUCAUUGUGUGGUUCAAUGUUGAUUUCGAAACUGUUGACAGAAACAUUAGUCGAAACAUCAAGUUUAAAAAUGUUACUUACACUAAAAAUGAUAGAGAGAAAUUUGGUAAUAACAUACCAUCUAGUGUUACAUCAAUUGGGGAUGACUGUUUCAGUGGAUGCAAUAAUAUAAAUAGAAUUACGAUACCAUUAAGUGUUACAUCAAUUGGUAAAAGUUGUUUCAAUAAAUGCAGUAGUUUAAGCAAUGUUACAAUACCAUCAAGUGUUACAUCAAUUAAUGAUUAUUGUUUCAAUAGAUGUAGUAGUUUGAGCAAUGUUAUUUUACCAUCAAGUGUUACAUCAAUUGGUAAAGGUUGUUUCCGUGGAUGCAGUAGUUUAAGCAGUGUUACAAUACAAUCUAGUGUUACAUUAAUUAAUGAUUAUAGUUUCUUUGGAUGUAGUAAUUUGAGCAGCGUUAACAUACCGUCUAGUGUCACAUCAAUUGGUAUUUAUUGUUUUAAUGAAUGCAAUAGUCUGACUAGUAUUACAAUACCAUCAAGUGUUACAUCAAUUAAUGAUUAUUGUUUCAAUGGAUGUAGUAGUUUGAGCAAUGUUAUUUUACCAUCAAGUGUUACAUCAAUUGGUAAAAGUUGUUUCCGUGGAUGCAAUAGUUUGAGUAGUAUUACGAUACCAUUAAGUGUGAAAUCAAUUGGUGAAUAUUGUUUCCCAUCAAACACAGUAGUUUAUCGAGCAAAUGAGAUAAUUUAG